AUGGGAUCGAUUGAGUUUUUGUUUGCAUACUGUGUGAGCACCGUUGGCUGCGCGGUGUCAGAGAAAAAAGACAACGAGAAAGCCUUUACACUAGGUGUGGGUGAACGAUCGGCAAGAUCUUUUGAUAUUUCUAAUGGCUCCGGCACGAAGCGACAUCGUCAGCCUACCAGCGAGACGGGCAGUGGACUUCCAAGGUCAUCGGAGGAAUUGUCCAAUGAGCGAUCGUCCAGCAGUGCUGCUGCUGCUUCUGUCAUCCGUUGCCCGAACUCAAACGAGAUAUUUCUGUAUCCAUGA